AUGGCGCCAUCACGUUCUCGUAUUUCAUGUCUGGAUAUUGUGUCAAAAAUACAGGAUCCAACCAUAGACACUGCCUUUGCCGAUUUUGAUUCUGAUGAUAUUCUCAUGAUCAUUGAAUAUGAUUUAAUUUUCGUAGGAUAUGAAAAUGGAUGUAUUUCAGUGAUCACUUCGCCUCCGAGAAGAAAAUGCGAAGAAGGUAAUGAAACAGAGAAUGAACAAAUUUCAAGUUCCUUGAAGGAUAGUUCUUUUAUCAUUCCGAAUGAAGAAUUAAAAUUUAUUCAAUUUCCAAUGCAUUCCAAUCGAGUUGUUGGAAUUGAUUUUAUUCAUGAUGGAAAUUGUCAUGUUUCUUGGAGUGUGAAUGAAUUGAAAUUUUGGAAAUUAUGCACUGAUGAUAAAAGUAGAGUGGAAGAAGUGCAAAUUUUGCAUGAUUUUUCACACCAUUUUCAGGAUUUAGAAAUUAUUGGAAUUGCAACAACUCGUAUUAUGGGUUCCAUUUGGGCUCAGCAAAUGCAUGUAGUUUGUAGAGAUGGGACUGUCAUUCUCAUUGAUAUGGAUCUGAUGUUUUCAAGAAUUGAGCCACAGUCAUUUAUUACAACUUAUUCGUUGAAAGAUAUCGUCAAUAAUCAUGCUUCCAAUUCUAUCAGUGUUCACACAGUGCAAUACAUAUUCCGUGCGGAACAUUAUGUAGCCAAGUCCAACAAUGGGUUUUGGAUGUUGUGGAACGAUGGUGUUUUGACACAGCACGAGUUUAAAUAUGAUAACGAGCCACCAAUGAUUCAUAAAUUAACUCAAUUAAGUCCAACGAAUACGAUUUCAAAGAUUGAAAUUUCACCUGAUGGAAGUCUUGCUACUGUGAUACUGACCAGUAAUAAUGAUACUAUGGCCAUGACUGGACCUCCAAUAGAUUCUGUGAUCGAUAAUGAUGAUGAUGUAUACACCCAGGAAGAGAAACGUAUCGCUACAGAAAUGUGGGACAUUUCAUCAGUAUCAGUCAACUUGUUCAAAACCAAUUUUAUUAAGAUCCCACACCAGCAUAAUGUAAUUCAGUUCAAUUACUCAGAAAAACGACGACAUCUAGUGUUCAUGACAGAAGACUAUAUUUCAAAUCAAGACAUUGAUGAUAUUUACGACAACCCUAUUAUUCUGGCACAAGACGUUCAAAAGAAAUAUUUCACAAACCUUGGAGAAUUAUUUCAAUUGAAAUUUGAGUGUAUGAAAUGGGCAUGUGAUGGUCUUGCUUUGUAUGUCGGAUGCAAUACUGAUUCACUUUUGGUGUUUUAUCCAAAUGAGAGGAACAAUUUUACAGAGUUAAUUAAUUUGGAAAAGUCUUAUUUGGUUCGAUUACCAGAACUUCACACUUUCACGAAACAAAAAUUGAAAGGAUUUUCAAUUCUCAACAAGAAACAAUUGGUGGACAUGGAAAUGAUAUUCACCAAUAACUAA